AUGGAAUUAUCGACUGAUACACGAGUUCCGCCACCUUCAUGGAUAAAUCACGCUUUCAUAGAAUCUGCUUUGAAGACUGCAGAACGUAAGAAAAUUACUGUGGAUUCCUUAAGUGUCCACUAUGCAAAUGCUGAAGGGCUUGGCUAUUUAAGCUUAAUUUUCAGAGUGACUGCCUGUCUGAGAUAUGAAGGCAAUGAAGAGACACACAAGAAAACCCUAAUAGUGAAAACCACCCUUGGGUCUGGCGAACUUAAUGCUGUGGCAGAAAAGUCAGAUGUGUUCAAGACUGAGGCAGAGAUGCUGUACGAUGUGAUGCCACAACUCUAUGAGCAGUUGGCAGCACUGGAAGGUGACGAGUUCCGGCCGUUGGCAGCCAAGUGCUACCAAUGGGGGCGGCAGCCCGCGACUUUCCUCGUGAUGGAGGACCUGUCAAUGGCUGGCUUCAGGCUGGCUCAGGCUGGCCAACCGCUAGACCUCAAACACUGUGCAGUCGCGCUACGGGCAUACGCUCGGCUGCACGCCGCUUCAGUCUAUCUGCUCAGCAAACAGCCCCACUACAAGGACAACUUUUGUAUGCACAUAUUCACAGAGAAAAACUUUCGGCAGCUAAUGGCAUCUACAUGCACACAGUUCUUCAAAGCACUAGCGAAUGAGUUGGACAAAUGUCCUGGCUAUGAAGAAUAUUCAGAAAGAUACAGGACAUUGGAUGAAUGCUUUCUCGAUGUUUCAUAUGAAAGGAUGGAACAGAUCAAGACGCAAACAAAGCUUCCGGUAUUGACUCAUGGUGAUUGCUGGAAGAACAACAUGAUGUUUAAAUAUAUGAAUGGAGAAGUUUCAGAAGUCCGGCUACUUGAUUUUCAGUGUUCAUCAGUAACCAGCCCGGCCUCGGAUCUGCUGUACUUCCUGUACUCGAGCGCCAGCGAAGACGUCCAUCGGCACCACGUGGAGGACCUGCUGCGCGAGUACCACAGCACGCUGGUGGGCCUGCUGCGGCGUCUGGGCAUGGAACAGCAGGCAGAGGCCUACACCUUCGAGGAGCUGAAGAAGGACAUGGAUUACUGCUUAGUCAUCGGUGUUUACUUCUGUAUCACGAGCGGAUUUGGCCUUACCUCCGAGGAACACGGCGCAGAGUUCGUCCGACAAAAGGGCUUUGAGUGCUUACUUAAAGCAUUUGAGACCCGAAUAGUUCCCCGACAUAUAGAUAUAUGUCUGUUCCUUGUAAUAGGUCAAAAUGGAUAG